AUGGCAGGGGCCUACGGUACGCCACAAAGUCAAGGUCCACCGCCAUCCGGUGGUGGAACUUCUGCAACAGCCGGAGCUCCACCACCUGCUCCAGCCGGAGGUGACAUGUCUCUCAAUUUGAAUCCAAAAGCGAAAACGAUAAGCGCUCCAUCGAGUCCGGCAAAAUCUCGGGAAAGCCUUUUGCAAAGAGUUCAAAGUUUAACGGGUCAGGCAAAAGAACAGGGAGUGAGCAUUUUGGGGGGAGCCGUAUCAGCUGCUCAACAAGUUGCCAGACCUGCUUUUAACAAGGAUAGAUGCUUCACGUUGUUGGUCAUAGACGAUCAGAACACGGAUUGGUCGAAAUAUUUCAGAGGUAAAAGAAUUCAAGGGGAUUACGAUAUUAGAGUCGAACAAGCUGAAUUUAAAGAUUUGAACUUGGCAUCUAAUUCUGAUACUGGAACUGUUGUUUCAAUGGCGGUCUUCCGUAAUGGAACUAGAAUUGUAAGAUCUUUUCGCCCGGAUUUUUUGCUUAUUAGACAAAACCUUAGAGAUGCUGGAGAAGAUCAUAAAAAUUUGCUCUUAGGUUUUGAAUUUGGAGGAGUUCCAAGCAUCAAUUCCCUCCAGUCUAUUUACGGGUUUCAGGAUAAACCCUGGAUUUUCAGUCAUUUAUUACAAAUUCAAAGGAGAUUAGGAAAAGAAAAUUUUCCGUUAAUCGAACAAACUUUCUAUCCAAAUUACAAGGAAAUGUUAACCUGUACUAGAUUUCCUGUAGUCGUUAAAAUUGGACACGCUCACGGUGGAUUGGGAAAAGUCAAAGUAGACAAUAAUAAUGAUUUUCAAGAUAUGUCGUCGGUUGUUGCCGUAACCGGAAGUUAUGCAACCGCCGAACCUUAUAUCGAUUCAAAAUACGAUAUUCACGUACAAAAAAUCGGAACCAAUUACAAAGCUCUUAUGAGAAAAUCAAUAUCGGGUAAUUGGAAAACCAAUACAGGUUCAGCAAUGCUCGAACAAAUUCAAAUGCCUGAACGUUACAAGAAUUAUGUCGACGAAGUUUCCGAAUUGUUCGGUGGGUUGGAUAUUUGUGCAUUAGAAAUGGUCGUCGGUAAAGAUGGACGAGAAUACAUAAUUGAAGUUAAUGAUUCUGCUCUUACCUUGAUGGGUGACAGUCAAGAAGAAGAUAGAAGACACAUUGCUGAUUUGGUCGUGCAAAAAAUGCAGAUUCAAUGUAAGCCGGGAGGGCCAACGGUUGGAAGUGGCAUGACUAAAACUGCAAGUAGAUCAUCCGUAUCUAGCAGCGUCGGUGGAUUAAGUUCUCCGACAGAAGAUCCCCAAAGAUCAUUUGUCGAUCCGGCUUUACCAACCGAACACGGAUAUACUACGCAACCUGCUCAUCCACCGACUCUUCCAAGGCGAGAUUCCCAAGGUACGAUUUAUCAACAAAAACAAAUUUUCUCUUACCAUUUUUUUUUUAAUUCGGUUAAUUUAUUAUUAUUAUUAUUAUUAGCCUCCCAAUCAUCUGUGACAAGUUCUACGGGACCUAGAGCUCCCUUAGGAAGACAAAGUUCACAAACGCAAUUAACGGAAGAUUCAGAAGACACGAUGAAAAAUUUAAGAAAAACUUUUGCUGGAAUAUUUGGAGAUAUGUAA